GAGCAUGUCUUUGUUAUUUUAAAACAAAGCCAGUAUAUAUAUAAGGACAUACUCUCCUACACCAUGGGCUCAUUACUCUCACUUCCCGUAGUGGGCCACCUCCUACUGCCCACACGUGGCACCUACUCGACCUCUCUCAACCUCCUAUUCCUCUACAUGACCUGGUCAACCCUCGUCCUCACGCAAUCACAGCUCCGCAUCGAGGUUAUCGGGACCCUCGCCGUGCGCGCCCUCUUCUUCCUACUCCCUGCAGCCUUCUUCCUCCUCUUCGACACUAUCAUACCAAGCUUGGUAGUGGGUCUCAAGAUCCAGGGCGCCCCAGCACUACCAACUAGAACCGGCGGCGUGCAAGGCGCGAAAAAGAGCAAGGGAACGCCGCCAUGGUGGCAUGUUAUUGGGGUCAGCUUGUCCAACAUACUUCUGUCUGUCGGGAUACAGGUUGCCGUCGAGCUCUUCUUCACUGAGGUACUCCACAUGCGCAGUGCCAUGAAGAUUACCACCACACUCCCAAUGCCGUGGUCGAUAGCAAAGGACGUCCUCCGAGGUCUUGUCAUACGAGAAGUCCUCCAAUACUACAUCCACCGCUUCCUCCACCGCCCCGCGCACCCCAACGCCCUCUCGACCCUCCACAAGAAAUGGAACCACUCCAUCACAGCCCCUUACUCCUUCACCGCCUACUACGACCACCCCCUCCCCUACCUCCUCCUCCACUUCCUCCCCCUCUACGUCCCCACCCUCCUCUUCCGCACCCACAUCCUCACGCACCUCCUCAUCCUCUCCCUCACCACCCUGGAAGAAACCCUCGUCGCCUCCGGCUACGCCACGCCCCCCGGUAUAAUGCUCGGCGGCAUCGCGAGGCGCCAGGAUAGGCAUAUGCAGAACCGCGGACGGGGGAAUUUUGCGCCGUGGGGGUUCAUGGAUUGGUUGCAUGGGACGAGUGUGGGGGGGAAUGUGAUGGAGGAUGUUAGGGAUGAGGCGGAGGAACAUCACGUUAAGGAGAGGGUGGGGGGGGUGUUGGAUGAUGCGGUGGAGCGGGGAGGAGAGGGGGUGAGGGCGUUGAGGGCGAGGAAGAAGAAGCAGCAUGCUUAG